GUGCUGGGCUGGGUGGGCACAGAGAUGAUGUGGCUGAUCGUGUGCUGGGGCCUGAUGGCGCUUCUGUGCUAUUUGGCUCUCAAUCACCUUGGCACUCGCCCUGCUGACGAACUCACAAAAACCACCGUGCAGGCGGCAGAAGCGACGACGCCAUCUCGACAGGCCGCCUCAAACAGCGAAUGGACGAACGAAGUAUUAGCAUGGAUAUACAACAAUUUUCUAAAAGUACCUGGGCCUUUGGAAGCAUGGAUAAAAUCAUUAAAUGACGCUGCCAAAAAAGUCAAUCGACCGACUGAAUGCGAGGUAAUUUUUGACGGGUUUGGAGAUCACAUGCACGUGAAGCAACCGCCCAGAUUGAGCCAUAUACGUGUUGAACACGGUCCACGUGAACAUUUGACGCUCAGAACGAAUAUCCACCUGCCAUGCGUAUGCCUCAAAGUCGUUUCAUCUCAGCGUACGCCUGAGAGACUUCUGGUCAGCAACUUUGACGCGAACAUCGUUGACCUACGUGGGGAGGUCGAAUGUCGCUUUGCAUGCAUAGCAAACCAGCUUUUUCUGAUGGGAUGUUUCAAUGGAAGACCGGAAAUGGACAUCGAACUAACGAACACAGAUUCCAACGCACAGUCACAAGUAUCGCUCGGUCUAGUCGAGGAGAAGAUUCGCCGCUGUCUGUUGUCAGCUGUUACUAACAUCAAUCUUUCUGAAGCGCUGCCUCCAAAUCCAGACGAUUGGCGAAUGGAUGAGACCCAGUUGAUCGAUAACUUCCAUGAAAGGAGCUACCAUGAUCAGAAUCAUUCUCCCGUCAUCUCCACCUCAACCGCCACACCCUCGCCGAAACCUGCUGUAGAUCCCAGCAGGCUUUCAGAAGAGAUAUCUGGGGCUGCCAUGCAGGUUCCCGACCUCUUUAAGAAACUCAAUGAAUCUCAUUUGAUCUCCCCAAUGACAAACAACAAUGCUCCUGCCAACAAGCUCCGCGUCAAGGUGAUAAAGGCCAAUCACCUCGGCAGAGGCACAGCUAUCAUCGAUGUCCAACAGCCGUACGUGGUCAUUGAAAUGGACGAACCAGCCCAGAAAUUUACAACGACCAAAGGAAUCAACGCCUGUCCAUACUGGGAGGAGUCAUUUGAUUUCGACAUGACUCCGGCGUCAGAAGAGAUCCUUUUUGAAGUGUACGACACAGGCCUAAAGGCUUCCUCUGAUGACGACAAAAACUUUUUGGGUCUCGCCAUAGUAAACUUCGAAGAGAUCAAAAGAAGCGGUGAACAUCUUCACAAUUUGAAACUCCAAGGUCGACCUUAUCGUAAAGAUGAAGUAGGUGGAGAGCUCACUAUACAGUUUGAUUUCUACUAUGACCCAAAGACAGUGACGCCUGGGAAACUUGUAGAUUCUGUGAAAGUCCGGAACACCAAUGGCAGUGAAUUCCGAGAGACCGUCACAACACAGAGACGAGCGAUUUACGAUCCUCAUGACAAUUACGAGAAUACCGAAGUAAUGCCGAGAAAAACAACUACGGUAGUGGUGAAGACUGUGUCGCAGCAGCUGAAAGAGAAGCCUACGAUUCAGUCUGUGCAUGGAUCAAUGGAAAAUGCUGUUGAUCCUCACAUACAGCAAAUGCUCGACCAACAAUUUCAAAACGACCCGAGCAUGGAGCAGCUUAGAGAAAACCUCCAAAGAGCUGCUGUUAGCGCUAGUCCACAGUCUCAAACCCGUACUGCUGAAAGCAAUACUCUACCAAGGUCAGUUCCGCGUACUGAAUCCGUGGAGGAACGAAGAGGAAGAGAUCGCGAAAAGAAGCAACCAGCGGCAAAACGGGAGCGGUCUUUUUUCGGAGAAUUGCGGGAUAGACUUAGCGGUAGGCGGCGAAGCCAACCCCAAAGAUCGAAGUCCAUGGACGUCAAUGGACCGGAAAUCGAAGAAGCCGUUAGUCUCCCUCCUAGUCGUGAUCCGAGUAGGGUACGAUACGCAGGCCCCGGCGAAAGAUACAACGAGACUCAGUCGGUGGGCGGGAAAUCGGGCGAGUCCAGCAAGAGCCUUUAUCAGCACAGUACCCUAGUGCUCGAACUGGAGCAUGAAAAGCAGCUCAAAUAUUUUUUAAUUCCUCCGUCAAUGCUGAAUGAGCCAGCUGCUGCGAAGCUGAUGCGACGCGGCAAGAAGCUGCACAUCUACAAUGAACACACUUUCGUAGCCGUGAAAAUCCGAGGUGGCGUUAGUUGCAAUGUAUGCCAACAACGGAUAAAGUCAAGUUUUUCGAAGCAAGCCUAUCAGUGCCGAGAUUGCAAACUCGUGUGCCAUAAAUCAUGUCAUUACAAAACAGAUGCGUUUUGCACACAAAGUAAUGUCUCCAAGUUACAAAUAAUGAGCGCCACUCUUUCAGCUCGCCUCAGUUUUGGUGAUUUCCAGGAAUACGUCGCAGUCAUUCUGCAUGAUUUCUAUCCUUCAUAA